UUGGUAACUGGGUGGGAGGGUGCCUGGGAAAUGGGUGACCUCCGGCGCAGCUCCCCACCUCUCUCCCCUGACCUCAGCUGAGGCGCACCUCGUGAGCCCUCGUGCACCGCCCCCACCGCGCCGGCGCCUCUGCAGCCCCACUGGGGGGCGGAGGAGCGAGCCCAGGGCACAUGAUGCCCCCACCCACCGCCCGAGCAGCGCAUGAUCCAAGCCGGUCAUGGGGUCCCGCCACGCAGAGCCAGUCGCGUCCAAAUCAAGGCCCAUGGCCUCGCCACGCCUGGGCACCUUCUGCUGCCCCACGCGGGACGCGGCCACGCAGCUGGUGCUGAGCUUCCGGGAGCGGGAGUUCCACGCGCUGUGCCUGGGCAGCGGCGCGCUCCGCCUGGCGCUCGGCCUCCUGCAGCUGCUCCGCGCGCGCCGGCCCACUGCUCCCGGGGCGCCCCCGGCCUCUCCACCCGCCUCGGUGCGCAUCGUGCGCGCUGCCGCCGCCUGCGACGCUCUCGGCUGCCUGGGGCUCAUCAUCCGGGCUUCUGUAUGGCUUGCCUUCCCGGAUUUUGUACAACACAUCUCGGCUGGGAACAGGACAGACGUGUGGCCUGCUGCUUUCUGUGUGGGAAGUGCGAUGUGGAUCCAGCUGCUGUACAGUGCCUGCUUCUGGUGGCUCUUCUGCUAUGCAGUAGACGCCUAUCUGGUGAUCCGCAGAUCCGCAGGACAGAGAACUGGCGUGGUGCUGUGCUCUCCUGGAACCCCAGCACACUGGGAGGCUGAGGCAGGAGGUUCCAAAGUGCCAGCCUCCAUCUCCUGUCUGUGCAGCACCAUCCUGCUCUACCACUUCAUGGCCUGGGGCCUGGCUGCGCUACUGUGUACCGAGGGAGCUGCGAUGCUCUACUACCCCUCCGUGUCCAGGUGUGAGAAGGGACUGGAUCAUGCCAUCCCCCACUAUGUCACCACGUACCUACCAUUGCUGCUUGUCCUGGUGGCCAACCCGGUGCUGUUCCACAAGACAGUGGCUGCAGUGGCCUCGUUGCUGAAAGGAAGAAAAGGCGUUUACACGGAGAAUGAGAGGCGGAUGGGGGCCGUGAUCAAGACUCGCUUUUUCAAGAUAAUGCUGGUUUUCGUUGCUUGUUGGUUGCCCAAUAUCCUCAAUGAAAGCCUUUUAUUCUACCUUGAGAUGCAACCAGAUAUCGAUAGAGAGUCUCUGAGAGGUGUCAGAAACGCAGCCAAGACCACAUGGUUUAUUAUGGGGAUACUGAACCCGGCGCAAGGAUUUCUCUUGUCCCUGGCCUUCUACGGCUGGACAGGAUGCAGCCUGUACUUUCAGUCUCCCAAGAUGCUGAUCCAGUGGGAAUCCAUGACGACCUCAGCUGCUGAGGGCGCCUGCCAGCUCCCCGAGGGCUCCUGUGUGCCUGGUGAGAAGCCGGCUUCCGGGAAGGUAGCGCGUGUCAGGGGACACACUUCGGACGAGGCCCUGAGCAUGCUGUCUGAGGGUUCUGAUGCCAGCACCAUUGAAAUCCACACUGCAAGUGUGUCCCGCAGCGGAAAUGCCUUGGACGCUGUCCCCCAAGUCCAGGGAGACCUGUGAGUGGGUGUGACGUGCUCCAGACUCAUUGUCCUCAGACUCUGGUCUCCGUCUUUAGUGUCCUUGGCUUUCCAUCCCCUAGUGCUCCUAUCACCACAGUCCAGCUUCCCCUUACAGUGGCGGCAAUGAGAAUCUCUUCUCCCCACCUCAACUUGAGACUAGGUGUAACGUUUAGUGGAUAAGGAGUUAAAUAAAGUCAUCGUGAUUGCUUUGUGCUGA